UAAUGCCGUCGUGGCUAGUAAUAGGUGUUUCAGGUGUAACAUGUGGUGGUAAAACAACCUUGGCUCAUCGCUUGCGGGACUACUUUCAACAGUCACGCGGUGGUUCUCUGUGGAAUACCCCCUACAUUGUCGGUGAUGUACAACUUAUAUCGCAAGAUGAUUACUUCCUGCCAGUCUUCGAUUUACGACACAAGUGGAAUGAAAAGUUGAACGUGAUAAACUUCGAGCUGUUAAGCUCACUCGAUAUGAAACAGAUGCUCUCCGACAUAGCAUGGACAAUGAAAGGACGUAAUUUGGCUACUGAUCCAAUGGAAUAUGUUGAUUAUAUAAACGAAAUGUCCAUGUCGACGAACUUCGAGCAUUAUGGGCAACCAGUUACGCAACAUAUGUACCAUCCAAAUAACUAUAAAGUUAAUCAAUGUGGCUUGACAGCGCGACAUCAAAAUCAACCACAAUAUCAACACAACCAAUAUCAACAUCAUCAUUGCCAACAACAUCAACAUCAUGGACACAUUAAUUUAAAUGCUAAUGCCGCACAUUCUUCCCACAUUAUGCGUAUUAAUUCACAAUUGGCGCAUAUGCGUGACAACAAAAUCAAUCUGCUUAUCAUAGAAGGCUUUACCAUAUUCAAUCAGCCGGAAUUGUUAACAUUAUGUAAUAUUAAAUUCCAUUUUCAUUUGCCCUAUGAAAAAUGCUAUGAACGUCGUCAGAAACGCACUUAUGAUCCACCUGAUGUGACGGGAUAUUUUGAAAUAUGUGUAUGGCCACAUUAUGAGAAGAAUUUCAACGAGAUCCGCGAUCGACAGGAUAUUACCUUCCUAAAUGGUGAAUUAAGCAAAGAACGCAUUUUCAAAUUUGCGCUGCAAAAGAUAGCCAACUACUUUGAGGAACGCUGUGAUGUAGCCUGUCCGCCACCACAAAAGCUGCUAGGCAUACCGAGUUGUUUGGCAAGUGGCCACAUGGGUAAUGAGAGUUGUGCUAGCAGUAGUACACGUUUAGUAGCCGGCAUUAGUGGUAAUGUGUCCAAAACCAGCCCUAUGGAACAACAGUAAACUAAUGGGGGGGAAUUUAUUUUGAAAUUCUCUAGUAUAAAAGCUUAUUACAAUUGUAAAAAUUUUCUAAAAUUUACAUUAAUUUAUUACUAUUACUAAUGCACCGAAAUUUUACAAUGUAAGCAUGUUGUUUAAGAAAUGAGCGACCAGUUUCUAGUUUUAAUAAAGUUGCAGGCUUUUUGAAUAUACAAAUUGUAAAAACUCCCAGAUUUAUACGGAUUGUAUAUGUAUGUAUAUUAAAGAUGAACCAUCGUACCUUGUACUCACUAUGUAAUUUUGCGUACAAAAAUAUUAAAUAAUUCUGAUCUAUGUAAAUAAACUAUAAAUUAUUGAAAAGAUAUGUGAAUAAAAAAUUAUAUUAUAGUGGAUAUAACAAAAAUCGAUUUGUUUUUUUUUAUUAUUAUAUUUAUCUAAUCAAGAACACUUAAUCGCUGCGAAUUAUAGCUAUUGUGCGUAUUGAAUUUUUUUUUUUUUUGCAGUUGUGUGGAUGAAGCCGGUACUUAUACAAAUUCCACUUAAAUAUUUCUCUUUUUUCCAUAUUUACCUUAUCUCUGCGCAUAUAAGCCCGCCAACUUGAAUUUCGUAAUAUAACACUUACGUAUUUGUCUCUAAUAAUGUUCUGUUUAUUAAUCUCGUCUGAAUUAUAAAUAUUUCAUAUUUUUAUUGGUUUGCUACACUUGUAAUUAUUAUCCAAUACAUUGCGAAAUUGGUUAUAAUUGUAUAUAUAUAUAUAUUUGUUUAAACUUGCUAUCAUACGAUUUUUUUUGUUAUUAUAUUUGUAUAAAGUGAUCAUACUACAAUGGUAUUCAAUUUCAAUGCAUGCCCUUACUAAUGUAUGUAUGUAUGUAUAUUUAGAAUCUACUAAAUUAAUUGUUUUCAGUUUACAUACAUAUUUAUGUAUGCUGAGUGGGGUGACUACGACUUAAAUACAAACAUUUUGUUAAUUAUUCAGUUAAGUUUCUAGUGCUAGUAUGCUUUAUAACAAUUAUUGUAUAUAUGUUUGUAUGUAGAUGUAUGCAUGAGUGUAUAAUCAUGUAAUGUAGUUUUAUAUGCGAGUCUUGCGCAUAAGCUGUAUAAACACCAAUUACUUGGUCAAAAAGCGACUGCAAAACAACACGACUUGGAUGACGAUGAAAAUGGUGACGUAGCCAAUACUUGUAUUAGGCGUAAUUGCUUUUCCAUUUUAUUUCUAAUGCAGUAAAAACUAGCAAUUAUUUUGCGUUUGUUAUGAUUAUUUUUGCAAUUGAAUUGUGGAUUUUUCAGAUUCAGAUUCAAAUUUUCAACACUUUCACGAUUUACAAAUGUACGUUUAUAACUCGCUAUGACAAAAUUAUGUUUGUAAGUAUUCGAUUUCGACGUGCACUUAUGUUUAACUAUGUAUCUGUGUGUAUUCUAGUAGUUAAGCUUUAUGUAUUAGUCAAUAAUUUCAGUUUUUACUCCGCACACUGCUUGCAUGUAUGACGAGAAGUGUCAGUUUGCUUUCCACUUACAACGCAUCCCAGUCGAUUUGAUUGUUGUAAACUUCCUCUUCUAACCA